AUGCGAGACGAGUUGCGGCAAGUCAGGGCGGCCACCAAUCCAAUGGUCCGCCCGGUUAUUCCGGCAAUCAUACUGGCUCAACGUAGACAGUUGAGGAUGGAGACAGUUACCAUGGAAUUCCCACAUUGUUCCCGGAAGUCACAGAUUCAGAUUCAUAAGGAGCUUCAGUGGAAGAAAACUCGGAAGCGGAAGAAGACCCACAUCCACAAGGGGCGGCGCGGACAAGGCGGCGCAGAAAUCAGAGGACGCCUUCAUAUAGAAGAUUAUCUGGAUUGGGAGGCGGCGGUCGAGAACUUUUUCGACUACAUGGAAAUCAGUCCGGCAAAACAGGUGAAAUACGUAGCUUGUCGACUCAAGGGGGGAGCUAGCGCGUGGUGGAUGCAGUUGACUAGAAGCAGACAACGGGAGGGCAAGGGUCCGAUACGGGAUUGGACUCGAAUGAAGCAGCUUAUGAGGCGACAUUUCCUCCCCACUUAUUUUGAACAACUUCUCUAUAUCCAAUACCAACAGUGCAGACAGGGUCAACGUUCGGUCAGUGAUUUCACCAAAGAUUUUUAUAGAUUGAGUGCCCGUAAUAAUCUCUCCGAGUCCGACAAUCAAUUAGUCGCUCGUUAUACGGGAGGACUGAAGGAAUCUAUUCAAGACAAGCUAGAGCUGAACUCGGUGUUGUUUAAUGAGGGAACACCAAGUUUUACUAAGCCUGGUGGAUCGCAAGCAAAAAAUUCUCCUGUUGUGCCUUCUCCGACAUCCACUCCUGUGAUUGAAGAAAAAGGAAAUUCUAGGUCCAAAUUUCCGGGGCAUAAGUCUAAUGAAUGUCCCACACGCCAUCAGGCUCAAUGGCUGGAAGGAUUUGACGAAACCGAACAAGUGGAACCAAAAGUUGAAGCCGAAGAAGAGAUUGAAGAAUUAGUGGCCGAUGAUGGGGAACCUAUUGUAUGCGUGGUGGAGAAGCUGUUAAUUGCCCCUAGAAAACCUAUUGUCAACCAACGACAUAACUUGUUCCGAUCCAAAUGUACCAUUAACGGUAAAGUGUGUGACUUGAGCUACUUGUGCAAUGUCACUUGUGACGUCCUCGAAAUGGACAUAUGCCAUUUAAUACUUAGGAGACCUUGGCAAUAUGACAGUGGAGCUGUCCAUGAUGGACGAGCUAAUACGUACACCAUUGAUUGGAAGGGAAAACGACUCAAACUAGUGCCUGCGGGACAGCAACCCAAUUCCUUGACUGGGCAUAGCCUUUUGUCCGCGAGGCUAGUCUCGGGUACAGCUCUUUUGAGGGGUCAAGACUCUUCCAGUCCGUUACUUGCUGUACUAAAGCAAUUCAUUCAACCUAGCCUCAGUCCGUAUGCAGUCCCGACGCUAAUUGUUCCAAAGAAGGACGGACAGUGGCGACUUUGCAUUGACAGUCGAGCGAUUAAUCGAAUCACGGUCAAAUAUAGAUUCCCCAUUCCCAGGGUCAACGAUCUGCUGGAUAAACUUUCGGGGGCCUCCAUUUUCUCCAAAUUGGACUUGAGGAGUGGGUACCAUCAGAUUCGCAUUCGUCCAGGGGACGAGUGGAAGACGGCAUUCAAGACAGUCGACUGA